UACACAAGACUGUUACAUAAAUAGUGAAGUGGGACAAAGCGUUCACAGAGCCACCCAGCGAUCAGACUGGCAACCCUUGGCAGCACGACUCCAGUUCAACGGUCUCCCCGUGCUUCUAAAGAAAGGCAACUCUGAAUGUACUAUUAACUCCAUAGGAAUAUGAUGGCUAAUGUUCACCUCUGUCUGCUGUUUGCUGGUCUCUGUGCUUUUACUUAUGCUCAUUAUAUUACCGGUCACCAUGAGGAACAUGUUCACCAAUAUGACCCUCAUCCUUCCGCUGAAGGUCAUCAAAGAAGCAAAAAUGAGAUUUGUCAAAAGAUAUUUGCAGGAAGUGCUGAUUUUGCCUUCAAAUUAUACCACCAGGCUGCUUUGGAGGAUCCUGGCAAGAACAUUUUCUUUUCUCCACUGAGCAUUUUCACUGUCCUUGCAAUGGUCUCCCUGGAGGCUAAGUCUGCCACUGCGAAUCAGCUUUUUUCAGUUCUUGGUCUGAACCAUUCAGAGAUGAAUGAGCAAGAAAUACAUGAAUGUUUUCAUCAUCUCUUCCAAAUGAUGAACCGCAAUAACUCUGACAUUGAGUUGCGUAUUGGGAAUGUUCUUUUCAUAGAUAACAAAUGGCAGCCACAAGCAAAGUUCUUGCAUGACUCCAAACUUUACUACCAGGCUGAAGUUCUUCCAAUAGACUUGAAAAAUUGGACAGAAGCCCAGGCCCAGAUCCAAAGCUACCUAAAGAAGAAAACCCAAGGGAAAUUAGUAGAUGUGAUCCGGGGUCUUGAUCCAGAGGAUGGCAUAUUUCUCGUAAACUAUAUUAUAAUGAAAGUCUCCUGGGAAAAUCCUUUCAGUCUUCUGAAUGCUCAAGAAAAUCUCUUCUUUGUGGAUGAAGACACAACAGUGAAAGUUGAUAUGAUGGAGGAGGAAGGCUAUUUUAGGAGUUACUAUGAUAAGAGACUGUUCUGUGAGGUGGUUGAGAUCCCCUACAAAGGCAACGUUUCGGCACUCUUCAUUCUGCCUGAGCAAGGAAAAUUGAAACUGGUGGAAGAGGCAUUCAGAGAAGAAAUUUUGCUAAAAUGGAAGGGCUUAUUGAAACUACGGAGAAGAAGUGUGUCUCUUCCAAAGACUUCAAUUUCUGAAAGUUACGAUAUCACAGAGGUGCUUAAAAACCUGGGUGUUACUGACCUUUUCAAAGAGAGAGCAGAACAAUCUGGAAUUACUGGGGAACAUGAGCUGGAGGCUAUUCAAAAAGAUCAUCUGAACUUCCAUGAGAAUGGCACAGAAGCUGCAGCUACCACUGACAAUGAAGCUAUUGACAAGGCAGUUCUGGAUCUACAUGAAGGUGGCACUGAGACAGCAUCUACCACCACUUUUGAGAACAUGCCAUUGUCUGCCGGAACUUCUCUUGAUGAGACUUCUGAUCUCGAUUUCGAUAGACCAUACUUGAUGGUCAUUUUUGAUUAUAGCACACGAAGCAUGCUUUUUAUUGGGAAAAUGAGGAAGCCCUGAAGAUUCCUGAAUAUGAAGUGAACAGAGAGAAGCUUACAAAGAGAGCCCUGUUCGAUGAUUAAGAAACCAUUUUUUGCAUUUGCAGUACACCUUUGCUAGCAUGAGCCAAGCUCCUUUAGUGCAGUAAUGAUUAUUUUGAUGACAAAUAAGAGAAGAGCUGCAAAAUAACGGUAUAAUAAAUAUAUUUAAAACACUGA